AGUGUGAGCCUUUGCUUGAGACGCACACACAUACACACACACUACACGCCUUUACCUACAGAACAGCAACUUUCUGUACUGGAGCUUCUCUGAUCUACCCAAACACACGCACACAUUUUCACAUCUGUGUGCAGCUACAGAAGACAAGACACAGGCAUUAAGGAGCGGAGGAAGAUAAGGCAAGAGACGGAAGCAAACGCUUUUAAAUGGCCAACAUUGUGACGUCCUUCUGCUGUGUGGUGCUUGCAGCCGUGGUGGUGGUUUAUGCCCAAAGGCGCAGCCAGCAAGGUGCCAGGAUUCAGUAUGAAAGGAUAGGAAGUGAUGUCACUAUGCAGUGUGGCUCUCUGGACAACGACGCCUCGGUAACAUGGAAGGUGAACGGUACAGACGUGAAGGCCCGUCGGCGGGAAGAAGGACCACGGCUCAUCCUGAUGGAAGUGAACAUGAGUAGCAACGGCCUGUACAGCUGCUUCCAGAACCCUGAUGGCCAGCGCCGCGACCAGAUCAAUCUUCGCGUCGGAAUUCCUCCGAAGGAACCGCAGGUGACGUGUCGAUCAAACACCUAUCCCAAAGGCUUCUACUGCAGUUGGCACCUUCAGCAUCCCACCUACAUCCCUACGGACUUCGAAGUCGAUGUCCAACACAACCAGAGGCCCUUAGAGGUGACGAGGGAUGAAGUUCAUAAGAACAGAUGCCAUGUGAAGUUUCCAGAACUUUUCUCCAGCUUUCCUUACCGGGUUAACGUCACGGCAGUGAACUCGCUGGGUCGAGCUUCCAGCGCCAUCAGCUUCGAGGAGUCUUCAAUAGUGAAACCUGACCCACCUGAGAAGGUGGUGGCCAAACCCGUAGCCAACAAUGCACGAAGACUAGAGGUGACCUGGAACAGUCCCAGUACGUGGCCCGAUGUGGAGACCUUCCCGCUGAAGUACUUCCUGCGCUACCGGCCUCUCAUCCGAGACCAGUGGCAGCACGUGGAGCUCUCUGACAGCACCUCCCACACCAUCACCGAUGCCUACGCAGGGAAAGAGUACAUCAUCCAACUGGCGGCCAAGGACAUGGAGAUCGGCACUUGGAGCGACUGGAGCGUGGCGGUCCACGCCACCCCCUGGAUGGAGGAACCCAAGCCCAUCACCUCCACCACCGAGAGCGACAUUAUCCCAGAAACCACCCCUGGACCGCCUUCAGCCGCACCACGAGUGGGUGAACCCACAGCGGCCUGCUCCACCCUUCUCUGGUCAACCCACCUGCUCCUGGCCUGCGUCCUGCUGUCCAUCAUGUGAUGUGUAAGCUUCAUUCCUGUGGAGAAAAAAAUGAGGAGUCUUCUAUUUCUAUUUUGCACAUGUUAAUAGAUAUCGUGCAUUGAUAAUUUAAUUCAAAUUCUUUUUCUCACAAAAGAAAAAAAGACCUAGAAAGAUUAAUACACGCUGACAUUUACAAAAGGAAGACAAAAGAACAAUAAAACAUUUCAACAUCUCUGACGAUGACAGACCAGACGCAGACACAGGAACCGAACCCCAGGGGAGCAAAAGAUUUGGGGACACGAGACUCACCUGCCUGGCAGCACAAGAAGAAAUCAAACAAACAAAACAAAACAAAAUGCAUCCACCUCAUUUUCAUUUGUCACAAGAUUUUUCAGCCCACUUCGAUUCUUCAAACUGUUCCAAGGACAGAAAAAGCUAAUUUUGUGUAACAUCGAUUUCCACGACAUACAGCUAACUCAUCAUGCCAAAGACUUGGACUGUUUUUCUUUUUUUCCCCAUGAUCCCUAGCUUCCCCAAACCUGUGUCUGUAAGGGAUUGAAACUGGCAGUACGAAAUCUUCACGAGCUUCAAAGACUGAAGAGUAACACAUUUAUUUUGAAGGCCAUCAUUUGAUAUCUGUUGUAUUCUUUUUGUUUACCGCUUUUUCGUUUAUCAUUUUUUUGGCCCCUGGACACAGAGAAGUUGAAACUGUAAAUAACAAAUUGGUUUGGACUGUUCUGGACCGCCUUUUGUAACAGGAAGAACAACGUGUCGUGUCAGACCAUCUGAAGAUUAAGCACCGUUCUGAAACAUCUUUUCAUUCUUUGCCUAUUUGCCUUUCACCAUCAGUUUUUGCAGACUUUUCUAGUAAAUAUCACAGUUUAAUACUACCUUCUUCAAGACAUAUCGUUUGGCUUUGUUAUCAUUGAAUAAAAUAUAAUUUU